AUGGAGAGUGCAGUUAAAACCUGUGACCUUGAUAAGAUAAUAAAUUUUAUUGGUGAUACUGAUGCACCUCAUAAUACUUCUCACAUGAUAAUGCACAUGGUAGUAGACCCCUCAAACUUUUCAACAAUACAAACAUGUGAAGAUGAAUCAGUUGCAGGUGGUAUUUGUGGUAAUCUGUUUGAAGAAUUUUCACAUAAAAUGCUAAAGGGUGGUGGAAAAUAUGAAAUAAAAUUAUUAGAGUCAGAAGAAGGAAAUCCACAAAGAAAAAAACUUGAACUUAACACAUCAAGAUUUUAUUGUUAUCCAUCUAUACAUUCAUUUGAAUCAAUUGAUGCAUUAAUUCCAGGAACUAAAUCUUCAAAUCACAGACUUUUUCAAAUGACAGUUUCAAAUUAA